UUAUAUCGCUUAACUGUUCAUGUCACGUAUUUUCAUCUGCUUUUCCCCUCUAUUCACAAACCAUCCCUCUGGACAAAAACGCAAAUGCCGUCACAAACAAUCCUCGCACCGCAAGCCAUCCUCCCGGGCGACCUCUGCCCCCAGCCUGCGACGAUCGUAUUCGAUACCGAUUCCGGGACGAUCACCUCUGUCACGCUCGGUAUCCACCAACCAGAACACGGAAAAGCAGAUGUAUGGGAGAUUGAAGAUGGAAAAAUCUUGCUUCCCGGUCUUAUCGACACCCACGUCCACCUGAACCAACCGGGUCGUACGGCGUGGGAAGGGUUCCGUACCGGCACACUCGCCGCCAUCUCGGGCGGCAUCACCACGCUCAUCGACAUGCCGCUCAACUCUAUCCCGCCUACCACCACGCUCUCCGCGCUCGCUACUAAACAGGCAUGCGCGAAAGAGGUCGGGGUGAGCUGCGAUGUGGGGUUCUGGGGCGGGAUCGUCCCCGGGAACGAGGGAGAGCUGAGGGGGCUUUGGGAAGCCGGGGUCAAGGGGUUUAAAUGUUUCUUGAUCGAAUCGGGUGUCGAGGAGUUUCCGUGUGUCGGGGAACAGGAUAUCAUCAAAGCAUGCGACGCGUUAAAAGGCACCAACGCUUUGAUCAUGUUCCACGCCGAACUCGACGCCCCAUCCAGCGACGCCGGCCACGCCACCGGCCACGCCGACCCAUCGGAAUACUCUACAUUCCUCCAAUCCCGUCCUCAACAAUGGGAAAUCUCUGCUCUGCAGCUGAUCCUCCGCAUCGCCAGAUCGUACCCCGACUUACGAUUCCACAUCGUCCACCUCUCCGCUUCCGAUGCCAUCCCCAUUCUCCAAUCUGCCUUGGGUACUGGCAAAGGCAAAGGCAAAGACACUGGCGCUGGUACUGGCAAAGACACUGGCAAAGACACUGACACUGAAAAUCCAACACUAGAGAAUCUAACAGUAGAGACAUGUUUCCACUACCUCUGCCUUUGCGACACGGACAUUCCGCCAAACGGCACGCAGUUCAAAUGCUGCCCGCCUAUCCGGGACGAAUCGAACCGCGUAAAACUCAUCGAGGCGCUGCUGGACGGGACGAUCCACUACGUCGUAUCGGACCACUCGCCCUGUGUGCCGGAACUGAAGAAGGGGGAUUUCAUGUCCGCGUGGGGGGGCGUGUCCGGCCUCGGCCUGGGUCUCUCGCUGCUGUGGACGGAGCUGGGGGCCGGCGGGCGGGUCGAGCUGGGCCGGAUCGUCGAGUGGAUGGGGCCGGUGCAGGCGAGGCAGGUGGGCCUGCAGGGGAAGAAGGGCGUGAUACAAACGGGUGCAGCGGCGGACUUUGUGGUGUUUGACCCGGAUGCGACGUUUGAGGUGACGCUGGAGACGCUGCGGUUCAAGAACAAGGUGUCGCCGUACAUCGGGAAGCGGCUCACGGGGCGGGUGGAGAAGACGUACCUCGGGGGCGCGCUGGUGUGGGAGCACGGGGCGGGGGCGGGGGACGCCGCGCGGGGGGGGUUUGUGUAGGAUGUAUGCAUUGUGCCACGCGGCGGGAUUAGCCGGCGG